AUGGCACCUCCACGCAACACGCUGGUGGUUAUGGCAACUCCACGCAACACUCCGGUUGAUAUGGCACCUCCACGCAAAAAUGCGGUUGAUAUGGCACCUCCAAGCAACACGCUGGUGGUUAUGGCACCUCCACGCAAAACUCCGGUUGGUAUGGCUCCUCCACGCAAAACUCCGGUUGGUAUGGCUCCUCCACGCAAAACUCCGGUUGGUAUGGCUCCUCCACGCAAAACUCCGGUUGGUAUGGCAACUCCACGCAAAACUCCAGAAGGUAAGGUAGCUCAACGCAAAAAUCUAGUUGGUAUGGCAGCUCAACGCAAAACUCUAGUUGGUAUGGCAGCUCCACGCAACACGCUGGUGGUUAUGGCAACUCCACGCAAAACUCCGGUUGAUAUGGCACCUCCAUACAAAACUCCGAUUGGUAUGGCACCUCCACGCGAAACUCCGGUUUGUAUGGUAGCUCCACGCAAAGCGCCGGUUGAUAUGACCGCUCAACGCAAAACUCCAGUUGGUUUGGCAGCUCCACGCAAAACUCCAGUUGGUUUAGCAGCUCCACGCAAAGCUCCAGUUGAUAUGGCAGCUCCACGCAAAACUCCGGUUGAUAUGGCAGCUCCACGCCAAGGUCCGGUUGAUAUGGCAGAUCCACGCAAAGCUCCAAUUGAUACGGCAGGUCCACGCAAAAUGUUCCGGUUGAUUCACGCAAAACUCCAGUUGGUAUGGCAGAUCCACGCAAAACUCCAGUUGGUAUGGCUGCUCAACACAAAACUCCACGUUGGUAUGGCAGUUCCAUUCAAAACUCCAGUUGAUAUGGCAGCUCCACGCAAAACUCCGGUUGAUAUGGCAGCUCCACGCCAAGGUCCGGUUGAUAUGGCAGAUCCACGCAAAGCUCCAAUUGAUACGGCAGCCCCAAACAAAACUCCGGUAGAUAUGGCACCUACACGCAAAACUCCAGUUGGUAUUGCAACUCCACGCAAAACUCCGGUUAAUAUGGCAUGGUAUGGUUACUCCACGCAAAACUUCAGUUGGUAUGGUAGCUCCACACAAAACUCCAGUUGGUAUGGUAGCUCCACGCAAAACUCUAGAUGGUAUGGUUACUCCACGCAAAACUCCAGUUGGUAUGGCAGCUCCACGCAAAACUCAAGCUGGUAUGGUAGCUCCACGCAAAACUCUAGUUGGUAUGGCAGCUCCACGCAAAAAUUCGGUUGA